CGCCCAUAAUAAUUGGACUUUGGGUUAGAUAUUUGGACAGUUUUCAGUGGUUAUGAGGAGCAAUAUCCGAGCGAAAUUUGGUAAUCCUUGGUCACUGUUUAGGUAGCUACAUCAAACGACGUUGAUUAAGCUUUUUUCCUCGCCAUGGGCGCCAAUGAAGAAGAAAACGUUAACGUGCGAUAACUUCUAUAAUUGUUGGAUUUCGGUUUAGUUUUUUUGACUUGUUCAUGCCAAGAUAUGGACAUGAGAAAUUUGGUGAUGAUUGGUCGUUGUUUAGGCAACGUCGUCGCCAUGUCGUCCAAUAAGAAGAAGCCGGAGGGCGACGAGCGGUUCCAGCGGGUGCAGAAGGACCCCCGGUUCUGGGAGAUGCCCGAGAGAGAUCGCAAAGUCACGAUCGACAAGCGCUUCCAGGCCAUGUUCCACGACAAGCUCUUCAAGGAGAGGUACACGGUGGACAAGAGGGGCCGUCCCAUCAACCAGACCUCCGCCGAGGACCUGAGGCGCUUCUACAAGCUCUCAGACGAGGAAGACGAGGACGAGGCGAAGAAGGCAGCAGAGGGCAAGACAAAGAAGAAAGUGAAGGGGAAGCUGGUGAAGGCCGAUGAAGAGGGGAAGAAAGGGAAAGCAGCGCUGAGCAAAGGCGGGAAAGGAGAGCAGCUUGAACGAGGCGUCCGAGUUGUUGUAGAGGGAGACGACGAGGACGACGAUGAGCAGCAAACUGCGGAGAGGGACAAUGUUGACCUGGGAGACAGUGGGGAGGACGAAGACGAUGAAGAUGAUGAUGAAGAGGAGAGCGGAUCCGGCGGGGAGCAGUCCGGUCUGGAUUCGGAGGAGGAGGACAGCGACAGCGACAGCGAGCCAGAUCUGGCCAGAGGGAAGGGAAACGUGGAGACGAGCUCGGACGAAGACGACGAAGACGAUGUGGACGCCAUCUUGAGGAAGGAGGAAGAGGAGAUCGAGCACGACUGGGGCGAGCUGGCCAAAGACGCACCGCGCAGCGACGAGGUCUCUACCCGACUGGCCGUCUGCAACAUGGACUGGGACCGGAUGAAAGCCAAGGACCUGCUGGCCCUGUUCAACUCCUUCGUACCUAAAGGAGGAGCUGUGCUGUCUGUCAAGAUCUACCCGUCAGAGUUUGGGAAGGAGAGGCUGAAGGCGGAGCAGACCAAGGGACCGCUGGAGCUGAGAGCUCUGCCCGACGACUCGGAGGACGACACCGAGGAGGAGAAAGGCUACAGAGAGAGGAUGCGCGACUACCAGUUCAAGCGGCUGAAGUACUUCUACGCCGUGGUGGAGUGCGACUCGGCCGACACUGCCGCCAAGAUCUACCAGGAGUGUGACGGCUUCGAGUACGAGAGCAGCUGCUCCGUCCUGGACCUCCGGUUUAUUCCGGAUGACGUCGAGUUUGAGGAGGAGCCAAAAGACGCGGCCACAGACGUGAACCUCUCCGACUACACGCCCAAACUGUUCACCUCGGCCGCCAACGCAACAUCAAAGGUGCAGCUGACGUGGGACGAGACGGACAACGAGCGCGUGACCGCCCUGAACAGGAACUUCAACAAGGACGAGCUGCUGGCCAUGGACUUCAACGCCUACCUGGCCUCCUCCAGCGAAGACGACGAAGAAGAAGAAGAGGAGGAGGGUGAGGAAGGAAGGUUAGAGUUUGGAGAGCCGGAGAGUGGAGACGAAGACCCAACAGCAGAGGCUAAACGGCCGGCUGAGUCCGUCGUCGUGGAGGCGGAGAAGAGACCCCAGGAGGAGGAAGAGAAGAGAAGUAAAAAGAAGAAAAGCGAGGAGCAGAUCUCAAAGUACAGAGAGCUGCUGAAAGGAAUCCGGAACAAAGAGACGAAGCUGCACGAGGAGAGAGACAUGGAGAUGGAGGUCACCUGGGUGCCCGGGCUGAAGGAGACGACUGAGCAGCUGGUGAAGAAGAAGCUGGAGGGCAAGGACAAGCUAACGCCCUGGGAGGACUUCUUACAGAAGAAGAAAGACCGGAAGAAGCAGAAGAAGUCGCAAAGAAAAGAGGGAGAGGAUGAGGAAGAUCUCAGCGAAGACGAGCUUCCUCCAGACGUGGAUCUCAGUGACCCCUUCUUCGCCGAGGAGCUCGCCGCCACAGACGUUCAGAAGAAAUCAAAGGGGAAGAAGAAGAAGAAGAAGAAGAAGAAGAAGGAGGAGGAGGAAGAGGAGCGGACAGCCGAGGAGGAAGAGGAGCUGGAGAAACAGAAGGCGGAGAUGGCUCUGCUGAUGGAGGACGACCCCGACGACUCCAGACACAAACACUUUAACUACGAGCAGAUCGUGGAGCAGCAGAACCUGAGCAAGCAGAAGAAGAAGAAGCUGCUGAAGAGAGGCGGCGAGCCGCUGGCGCCCGACGACUUCACGGUGGAUGUUGAAGACCCCCGUUUCCAGGCCAUGUUCACCUCCCACCUGUUCAGCCUGGACCCGUCCCACCCGAGCUACAAGAAGACCAGAGCCACGCAGAGCCUCCAGGCCGAGAAGCAGCGCCGACGACAGGCACACGAGCAGCGCCGCGCCGAGGAGGCCGCCGGGGCUGCUGGGAAGGAACGGCGGCAGGACGGCCCCGAGCCUCCCGCGGCGAAGGGGCCCCGGGACCCCGGUCUGUCUCUACUCAUCAGGUCCGUUAAAAGCAAAACGGAGCAGUUUCAGGCUCGCAAGAAGCAGAAGUUCUCCUAGGUGACGAGGACCUCGUCGGUCGGCGUCGUGGUUACUCCUCGCGGACCGGAGUGAUGUCACCAAGCGGCGGUACGGCGAGACGUUUAUCAACGCGGUUCGCCAACCGUUGACCCACGUUACCAGUUAAUGUUCACCUAUAGGGACGUAGAACCUCGGAGUCAGGAGGGGGUUUGGUGUCUGUCUGUGUGUGUGUGUGUGUGUCUGUGCCUGUUUUUCUGUCUGUCUGUGUGUGUGUGUCUGUGUCUAU